AUGGGACAUGAAGGAGCAUGGAGGGACUUGGCGCAUGGAAGCAGCUCAACUGGAUACGCAAAGGAAGAAGGGAGAAGCCAUCUUGAAGACCAGCUCGACCGUCCACUCGACCGGCCAAGCUUCAACUCGAUCGAGCUGGGGAGUCAAACCUUCACCUUGGGAAAGGGUUGGCUAGGCAUUGAGAAGCCCAAUAUCAAGAGAAGCCUUGAUACAAGGAGUUUUAAGAGCUAG